UACCAAAAAAAGAGCAACUGUAGCUAUGUCAUUCUGAAUGAAUUUAGCCUUUUGGUUUUUUUUACCAGGUCCAAAGGAAACACAGCGUAUUUGCUGGAUGUUGGGUCUACAAAGGUUCCCGUAUACUGUCACAUGACCACGCAUGGUCUUGAUGCAUGCGGAGGAGGUGGAUGGACGCUGGUCAUGAAGAUCGAUGGCUCAAAGGUAUUAAAAACAAAUGUUUUUACAACUAGCUUGGUUUGUCAUCAAAGUUAAAUGUUCAAAAGCUGAUUAACUAUGUAGUCACGCAUCAACAAGUUUAAUUCCCCUAUUGCCCAAUUUCAUACCGCGCGAGCCCCUGGCACUACCGGAUUUUUUUCAGUUUCAAAAUGGCAGAUAGUCAGAGUAAAACCUCCAACAAAAGGAUUCUUGUUCGAAGAAAUAUUGAUCAAUAUUCCCUCGGAGAAUCUGCCUAGGCUUAGUAAGAAAAGGAUGCAGUAGUCUGCCAUGCCCUGAAGUUAAACAUAUAAAGAGCCGACAGUAAAUGUGCGAUGAACAGGUCCGCUCGAACCAAAGAUGAUUAUGAAUUUUCUACAGCAAAGGAUCCUCUGUUUAAUUGUAACCGCAUCUGUAAAGUAGAGGAACAUGGCAGGCAAGAACACAGAUGUGAUUGUGUACGUACGAUCGUAACCUAAGUAUGCUGGAGUCGCGGAAAAGAAUAAUGUCCGCUGAACUUUGUGGCCUUACGUAUGUUAAACCUAGUGUUCUUAAAUCACAUGCAGGGAGAAUAAGGGACCAGUCUAUCCUCAGUGCACGCUAGCCAGAAGGUAGAUGUACGUGACAUUCUUGAUUGUGAUAACACUAAGGUGAUUGCCAAAUUGUAAACACGCUCUUAGACCCAAUAAGUUCCAAAAAGAGGCAGCUCAUCAAGUGAGCCAUUGUAAGCCAUUGCCAUUCGAAAUUUUAUCAUUAAAUUCAUACAUGUCUUGAGUGGUGUCUAAAUUAUUAGAACUGUAAUGUCACUGGAUAGUACAGAAUCACACACACAGGGGCCUCACAAAAAAGCUAUGCACAAUUUAUCUCUCUAAGAAAAAUUACUUGUGUAUUACAACACUGGUCAAUGCGUGAGGUCUGGUCACAGGAACUGCAGUGUUACCGGACGAGAAAUGCCUCUAAAGUAAGACUGAAGUAUACUUGCUUUUAUCUAUGUUUAGUGAGAAAUGUUUCCGCUCCAAUCUUUAGGAUUUCCACUGACACGCUGCGCAGCGGCACGACGGGGAGAAAACCAAAUUUAGCCUUGCCGACCCAAUACGGUGUUGCCCUUUCACUCAGGGUCACCCUAGCGUCGUAUUUCGCUUUUUGGUAGUCUUUACUUUACGGUUACUUUACGGUUUGUAAAAACAGCUACACCCACUCCCUUAUCAUUCCCCAAUAUUCGGUCGGAUCCAGGGCCGUAAAAAAGCCUCACUUGACGGUUUUUUGUUCGAUUUUUUUUGUCGAUCAAUUCAGCAAUCCUUCCAAUACUUCCAAGCAGCGAAAGUCUUUUUUUUUGCAGUAAAACAACUGUUGUUUGCUGUAGAAUAGUGCCUUUGUGGAGUAAUCUGCCCGUUAGUACCGUUAACAUCGUUUCAACUGAAUGUAAUGACCAUUGUUUUUGUUCCUCUAUUUUGGAAGACAUUUUGAAUCCGGAAUUUAAAAAGCCCGGAAAAAUCCGGUAGUGCCAGGCUCCCGCGCGCAAUCAGCUUAAGACAAAGUAUGAAGAAGAAAAUGGCAGCAGUAAUAGACUAGACAGUACUAAAGAGCUAAAGCAAAGGCGUUUUUGAGCAACGCACGAAGUUUAAACGAAGACAAGUUUAAACGAAGACCUAGAAAAUGUUCACAAUUGGCUUAAAGCAAACAAAGUCACUCUAAAUAUGAUUAAAACCGAGUUCAUGUUAAUUGGAUCUAGGCAGAGGCUAGGUACUGGAACAGUUUCCCCAACACUUGCAAUAAAUCAUUUUCGAGUUACCCAAGUCGCUACUGCUAAAUCUCUUGGAGUAACCAUCGAUCAUAAUAUCGAUUGGGGUAGCCAUAUGGAGAAGAUAAUAAAGUAUCUUCUAGCAUCGGGGCCAUAAAGCGAAUAAGGCACCUUGUCCCCCAAGCGACCUUACAACUAAUUUACCAAGCUCUUAUUCACCCUCACUUCAAUUAUUGCAAUACUGUUUGGGGAAACUGUGGGAUAACCUUAAGGAACAAAAUUCAAAAACUACAAAAUAGAGCAGCCCGUGUUUUGACAUUUUCAGAUUACGAUGAAGACGCUGGUUACCUGUUUGAAUUGUAAUUUUUUGGCUGAUGAAUUGACCGUGGAUCGAUCGGUCCAUCCAUCCAUCCAUCCAUCCAUUUAUCCAUCUAUCCAUCCAUCCAUCCAUCCAUAUAUCUAUCUAUCUACCGGAAGUCACGUCUUUUCCCUUUUAUUAUGCCUUAAUGCUAGCAAAUUUCUAUUGCUAAUUGUGUUGACGCUAAUACAGACGAUUUGCCCGAAAUUUCGGCAAAACAACUGCCUUAGAAUGCAAAACUUCUACUUCCGGUUGACGUGCGUCGCUCAAAAACGUCUUUGCGUAAACUCCCCAGUGAAACCAAUUGAAACGACUAGACGUGGCUUUCAGGCCAUAUUUCAGUUCCCAAACAGAUACAACAGCAAACUGACCAACUACUCCUUUUUUUCAAAUGCACCCAGCAAACCUUUCAUUACAAUUCCAAUCUCUGGAGCAACAAAGUCGACUUCAAUCUUCAAGGAGGGAAGACUGGGUUAGACACUCACGAGACCAAGUUACCGACUUAUUGGAACACACCGUUUAACAAGAUCUGUCUUGGAAUGAAGAUCGGUCAGCAGUUUAAGUCUGUUGUCAUCAACCAUCAAGCAAAAUCCCUGUAUUCACUGAUCGCAGAUGGCAAAUAUCGUGCUUCUUCACUGGGCCGUAACACGUGGAAGAAGCUCAUUGGGUCUCGGGCCUCUUUACAACCCAACUGUAACAAGGAAGGAUUCAACGUUCUAUGCACCCAAAGCCACCACUCCAAAGCGAGAAUUGGUAUCGUUGGAAAUGAGCAAAAGGAUUGCACCAGUUGUGACUCCAGAAUCGGGUUUGGCACUGAAGGGUUCCCUGUUGACUCCAACACGUGUGGCAACGAAGCUUCUUCUCAUGGACCAGAUAAUGGCGAGCAGCACAUCAAAGCGAUGGGAUAUAUUUUAGUCCAGUAA